CGACCUCGUUGUCCAAGAUGGGGGCCCUCUUCCGCAAGUCGCAAAGACACUACUUCUGGAGACAGCAACGCAUCCCCUUGCUCUCUUUUUCGCUACACGAAGGUCUUGGCUCUGUGCGAUGUGUGCGCUCACCUCGUCGCGAAUGACACCUCUCUUGAUUCCAAGGUUCUAAGGACACGGAUGCACGCGCAUGCUGGACGCGUGCGCUCACACGGGGGUUGGCCCGCGGACGCGGCAUAUCCCGAGACGUGGCCCGCACUUGCCACCUCGGCAAUAUAUUCUCCUUAUCUUCGAAUUUGUAGCCAUCCCCCAACCAGAACUGUUGUAUUCAAUUUCUCUUGUUGCCAAGUGCUUAUUAGAGUACAAUUAUUCUCGGGGGCCUAAUUGUACCAGACUGAUUAUACCAGUUUCGGA